AGUGAAGCUCCCUUCGGUGCACUCGGUGGUAAACAAUUACUUGAUAAAAUAUUUAUUCCGAAAGACAAAAGACCGGAGGAGAAUGAACAACUAUUUGAGGAUGUGAAAACUAGUUUCAACAAAAUUCACUGUUUUUUAAUGCCUCAUCCCGGUUCCGGUAUCGAAGAAAGCGAUUUUCGUGGUUGUCUAAAAGAUUUGCGUAAAGAAUUCAAGGAACAUUUACGCGAAUUCAUUCCCUUAAUUUUAGCACCGGAAAAUUUAAUUAUCAAAGAAAUAAACGGAGAGAAACUAAAAGUCGAUCAUCUUCUGACCUACAUUCGGUCUUAUUUUGAAUCAUUCAACAGUAAGGAGUUCCCAGAGCCUACAACAAUUUUUAUGGCUACUGCAGAGGCAAAUAAUCAAAUCCAUGCUACAAACGCCGAAGAAUUAUAUGAGAACAAAAUGAUGGAAUUAACCAGUCCCGAAAAACCAUAUAUUCCGGAAGAAGAACUAAAGAGACAGCAUGAGGAAUUGGAAAAGCAAACUAUUUCAUGUUUUACAGAAAAACCAUUAAUGGGCGGAAGACAUUUUUUUACGAAAUAUUGCCAAAACAUUAAAAACUAUACCUCGUCGAGAUUUGCACAAUUCCGUGAGCUCAACAAAGCUAAAUUGGCUUAUACCGAAGCCAACUAUUUAAACUAUAUGAAUAAAUGCAUUAUAGAAUUUGAGAAGCGUAUGGAUACAUUGCUUAUCGGGAAUGCAUAUACACCUUCAAAUGAGUUUAACAGCAAUAUGGAAGAUGUAAAAGUGGAUAUACUAAAACAGUUUGAUUCAUGUCUAUCGRACAGUACAGCGGUAAUACAUGAACAGAUUCGUAAGCAGCUUCAGGAGGCUAUUGAAAAACAAUUCAUCAAAUACACGCAACAAAAUGAUAUAAAACUGGUUAUAUCCACUUGCAAGUAAACAUGGGCUUUUUUCGUGAAAGAUAAGUCCAAAUUUUAAUUUUUAAUGUAUUAUUGAUUAAAGAUAACACUUACUUUAGCAUACAUGUAACGUUGACAUCCAAAAUAAAGAUUUUCCAUUUGCAUAGACUA